GAUUAUUCGGACUGCUUUGAAGAACUUCCGGCGUUAUUUGACAAUAGCCAGGCAACAAUCAAGCGGUUCUAAUUCGUUUGACAAAACCUCGUCGGACAAUAUAAAUACGCUUAAUAUUAACAACUGUGCAAAAACACAAAAAAAUGAACACGAGAUUGUGGAUAUGGCUCCACUGGCAACUCUUAUCAACGCCAGGGUAAAAGUUGCUGAGAGCUUCAAACUCAUAAUAAUUUUAGCCUACAUGCACACCGGUUCCACUUACAUUGGAAACCUACUGAGUCAACAUCCGGGCACUUUUUACCAGUACGAAGCGCUGAGAAACCUCCAGAUGGCGACAAUGGCAGCUGGUCGCGUGCGGUAUCUCAACGGGACGGUUGUAUGGUUGAAACAAUGCGAGCAUAUUGACUACCAAUUGGCGGCAGAAGCCUUGGGUCACAUGACAUCGUGUCGUCACGAACGACUUGAUGUUCUGACACUGGCGGCGAACUUACAGCCCUUACGGAAAAUCUUCAACAAGGAUGUGGAGGCUUAUUUUCGAUGCGUAGAUCCCAUCCAACGUAUGGGACGAAGGGCACAAGCCCUCUUUAAGCGUAGGAAGUCCCCUAUCGAGUUCAUCAGAACCGAACGAAUAGAACGGUGUAUUCCCCUGCUUACAAAUAAGUGCAAACAAGCUAAAUUCCGAAUAUGGAAAUUUAUAAGAUUAACUAUGAAUUCAGCAGAAUUGUUUCUGAAAGACUACGAUGAUACGAGCAAUGUACGAAUCGUGCACCUGGUACGAGAUCCUCGGGCCAUGAUGGAUUCCCAGCUGCGCAAAAAUGACUUGAACGUGACUGUGUUGAGUGUUUUUGUCAGUAGAACCCGCUACAUGUGUUGGCGGAUGAUGAGGGAUUUAAAACUCCUCGAAGAUUUAAAGAAAAGGUACCCGAAUGUGUUUUAUUCGCUGCGUUAUGAGGACUUGGUCGCCGAUCCGUUGAAGAUCUCACGAGAUCUGUUUCGGUUUAUUGGAAUGGAGUUUGGAAAUACAGAUGAACGAUAUGUUAGAGAAACCAGUAUAGACCAUCGUUAUAAUUCCACAGAUCGGGCAGUGGUGUGGCGGAGACAUAUCAGGCAGACUCACUUGGACGCGGUGAAUGACUUGUGUCAUGAAGUAUAUAACAACUUGGGUUAUGUUCGUCUUGAUGAUAUUGAUGAUGUGCGUGAUUUGAAUGUAAAAGUUCACUCAUAACAUAUUUGUUA